AUGCUCGUGGCACGUUGUUUCUUUAUUCUUUUGUUUGUUACUCUUUGCAUCGGUGUCCUCGUCUUAGACUGGUAUCUUGCUGAUACAAUACCAUGGUCUCACUAUGAAUCGAGUACACAACAGUUGAUCAAUGGUAUACCUUUUUGUGAAUAUGAUAGAUCACGGAAUUUUUUACGUGAAAGAGCCAAUUCAAUGUCCGAUUUUAGUUUUCUCGGUGUUGGAUUUUAUAUGCUUGUUCGAUCAAUUGAAACAAAAUCAAAUAAUCUUACAAAAAUAAUAAUUUUAUCCGUAAUAAAUGGACUGAUCAAUUGUGUACAUGCAUUUGGAUCAUGGCUUAAUCAUGCAUGUCGAUGUCAAUUCGGACAUCGACUUGAUAUAACAGGCAUGUGGCUUGUCACAUCGUUCAUUACACUUUAUAGUCUUAUGCAACAUAUACGCAUCAAUAAUAAAAAGAAUGUUCCCGGUAUUCUUCAUCGUCUUUGGCCAUCUCUGCUUUAUGUUUCGACGGCGAUAGGAAGCACUUUUGCUAUGUACAAGGCCGAUAUACAAUUCUGUUGUGGAGAACGGCUACCAUUGAUCAAUCUACUCGCGUAUGGUGCAAGUGAAGGAUUUUUUGGUGUCAUCGCAAGUAUUCACACUGACGAGUAUCUUCUAUUACCAACAAAUGUAUUCUUCGAAUUCAUCAAAGAAGAAGAUAUUCAGCAAGCUCAACCAAAAACUCUUCUUAUCUCAGAGCUCGAACCCGGACAUCGAUAUGAAUUGGUUUGCACAACCCAUGCCGGAUUGGUUCGAUACAGAAUGGGAGAUGUCAUCAAUUGCACGAGAUUUCUUUGUCGAGCCGAUGACUUGGUUUCAUUACCAGAAGAACCAAUCGAGAUUCCAAGAAUUCCUCUCAUUUCACUCGCAUAUCGUGUUGGAACUCUUUUGAGUGUAUUUGGCGAGAAAACAAAUGAACAACAUUUGAUAAAUGCUCUUCAACAAACUGUUUGUCAAUGGCGAGAACAAGGAAUACCAGUUAACUCUUACGAAUUUGCGUCGUAUCCAAGAUUAGAUGUAUUUCCGGCUCAAUAUGUCAUCUUUCUGGAAUUGAUUGAGGAUCAAGAACACAAGAUUGAUGCACAACAACUUCAAAUUCUCAAGAAUACCAUCAAUACAGAAGUCGAACAAGAACUUUGCAAAGCGAACCAAAAUUAUCAAAAUAGUCGAAGUUCAACAAAGCUUGGUCCGCUUAAUGCUAUUCUUUGUUGUCCAAAAAAAAGGAUAAAACAUACUCCAGUUGAGACGAAAAAAAGCACUGAUCGAAGAGGUUUGUUAGCUAGUGGUAGCGUUAUUGUCGAUUGUAUUAUUAUCAUUGAUCAUUGGCCAAUAGAAAAUUGCACAUCUUUUGUUCAAUGUCCACCAAUUAUGGCCGGUGGUGGUGGACCGUUUAAUAUAGUUAAAAAUCUUGUGGCCAUGAAUGCUCAUUUUCCACUAUCGCUUCUGGGUUUAAUAGGUAAUGAUGUCAAUGGUAAAUGGGUGAUAGAAGAUUGUAUGAAAUCUCAUAUUGACAUAAGUCAAUUACAAACGAUAAAUGAUUCUACUCCAACAUCUUGCACUUAUGUGAUGAGUGUUGAAAAUACCAAUCGACGAACAUUUUUCCAUCAACAAGGUGUCAAUGGCUAUUUAAAUGAACAACAUUUUGAUUUUUCUCAAACGACAGCAAAAUUAUUUUAUCUUGGUCCUUUAACUCUGUUAACUGCAUUGGAUCAGCUCAUUGACGAUAAUAAACGAACUAAUGCAUCAAAAGUAUUAGAAGCUGCUCUUUUAUCUGGACUAGAAACCAUUGUCGAUUUUUCUACUACAAAAAAUUCAAAUUAUUCUAAAGUUGCUCAAGCAUCUUUACCGUUUAUAGAUCAUUUGAUUAUUAAUGAAACAGAAGCUGGAUUGAUUCUUGAUCAACAUUUAACAAGUGCAAUUUUAAUCACCAAAGAUGGAAAUAUUUUACGGCAAGGAUCGCCCAUUUUGCCUGCUGAAUUCAUCAAAGGUGCUGUUGGCGCUGGAGAUGCAUUUGCUGCAGGAAUGAUUUACGGUAUUCAUGAACAAUGGCCGUUAGAUAAAACAUUACAUUUGGCCGUUUGUGUUGGUGCAAUGUCACUUAGUGACGAAACAUCAUGUGGUGGAAUGAAAACCAUCGAUGAAUGUAUUCAAUUGGAAAAAUUUGGUUUCAGAAAACUAUGA